UGCCUGUUUGUGUUGCUGAAGAGGAAUUAGCAAGAAUCUGGUCAAGGUCACUGAUGCUAACAGCUUUCUGAAAAACGGCAACGAAAAAUAAAAAGAUGGACCAGUUUCCUCGCUUUUGCAGCCUGUCUAUGCAAUUCUGAACAGCAGCAGAAAUUUUGGAGCUAUAAUCCUCUGAUAAUCAUGGAGCCGUAUUUUGCUGGUUUUAAGCACGUGCAGCAGGACUAUGAAGUUACUCUUGAACUUGCCAAUGAGGAGACUCAAAAAACUGUCAGUGCACCGAAUGCUAAGGCGGGAUCUUAUGGUGUGAGUAUUAGAGUCCAAGGAAUUGGUGGACAUCCUUACAUAGUACUAAACAAUACAGAAGGAUAUUUAUCAGAAAAUCCUCCUCCAUCUGGAAAAGAACAGCAGGUCACUCCUCAGAUUAUAAGUAGGCCAACUACAGACUCUAAUACUGCUUUUAAGUUGGAGGACAAAAACAGUGAAAACACAAAGUUUCCUGGAACACAGCACGUGCAACCCUGUAUGUUUAAAAGCCUAAAGAUAACCAAUAUAGAUGAAAAAGAAAAUGGAGUAUCAGAUUCUAAAGAUGGGACACUGAAAUCCUCCAAUUUAUUGAACUUUCAAAGACAUCCUGAGCUUUUACAGCCUUACGAUCCUGAAAAGAAUAACUUGAACUUGGAUACUUAUCGCUCUUAUGUGUGCAGUAAAUCUAAAUCUUUUUCAGAUGAAAGUACAACUGAAACAAAACCUUGGAUUUCCUCAUCCAAAGUAGUGUCCCUACAGAAAACAGAUCUGUAUCUUGCAGAGUCAACCAAAGCAAGUGCCAAAAAAAUACAUUUGAACAGGUCAGUGGAAGACCAAAAUAAGCAGACGUUGGAUUAUCCCAGUAGUGUGAUAAGUCCUAAUGAAGUGCAUGUUUCAGAUUCAUUUUCAUCCACAGGAGGAUCCCCAUGUGUUAGCCCUAUUGCUCAUCCAGAAACAAAGAAACCUAGACCAGAUGUUCUUCCUUUCCGCAGGCAAGAUUCAGCUGGGCCAAUGUUGGAUGACUCACGAAGGUCAUCAUCCUCGUCAGCUACUCCCACUUCUGCAAAUUCCUUAUACAAAUUUUUACUUGAUGACCAAGAAUAUGCCAUCUAUGCAGACAAUGUUAAUAGGCAUGAAAACAGAAGGUAUAUUCCAUUUUUGCCUGGAACUGGCCGUGAUAUUGACACUGGUUCACUCCCAGGAGUAGAUCAGCUAAUUGAAAAGUUUGAUAAGAAAGUUGGUCCUCAGAGAAGAGGUAGGAUGGGAAAAAGGAAUAAAAUUCAUCCAGAUGAUCGUAAAAGGUCAAGAAGUGUUGAUAGUGCCUUGUCAUUAGGCCUUGAGGUAAAUUCAGAUUAUUUAGAUGAAUUCAAUAAAUGCUUGGGUAAGUCAACUGAGCACUUAGUAAGACCAUCUGAAAUUUGCCUUCAUAAGCAGUUACCUAGAGAUCAGAAGCUGCCUUCCACAGAUAUGAAAGGUUCGUCUCGAAGUACUGGAAAACUGCAAAUGCCUGAUAAAGACAUUCAGAACAGCCAUUUCAAUUCUUUGCAGUAUCAUAAACAAAAUAGAACGAAUACUGAGAGCUUCAUGUUUAGGUCAUCCACACUCCCAGGACAGAGUAAGAGUGAGGAAGCUAAAACAGUAACUUCUACUCUGCUGUUGCCAAACCGAUUUGCAGUUCCACCAGAUACGGGAGCCAAGAAGAUUUCUGUAAAAACAUUUUCAUCUGUCCCCAGUAUACAGGCAACUCCUGAUCUCUUAAAGGGCCAGCAAGAUCUUGCACAGCAAACGAAUGAAGAGACAGCUAAGCAGAUCCUUUACAAUUACCUUAAAGAAGGAAGUGCUGAUAAUGAUGAUGCCACAAAGAGGAAAGUCAACUUGGUUUUUGAGAAAAUUCAGACUUUAAAGUCAAGAGCUGCUGGAAAUGCACAGGUUUCUGAGUCUUCAGCUGAAGUGAAAGCUUUGUCGGAACAAAAAAAAGAACUUGAAGGGAAAGUGGAAGAGUUACAGAAAAAACUGGAUCUAGAAAUUAGGAAUCAGCAAAAUACCAAAGAAGAGAGAGAUGCUACACGAGCAAACCUGAAAGAACUUCAGUUGCAACUUGAUGAAAGUAUACGUGAAAAAGAUGCCUUAAAAAAGCGGCUGGAGGAAAGUGAGAAGGAACUUAGACAAAACCUAGAAGAGCUUUUUCAAGUGAAGAUGGAGCAGGAACAACACCAGACUGAGAUCAGAGAUCUUCAAGACCAGCUGUCUGAGAUGCAUGAUGAACUGGAUAAUGCAAAACAUACUGAAGAAGGGGAGAAGGAGAUUCUGAUUGAGAAGCUGAUGCAAAUGAAGCAGGAUCUGCAAGAAGUAUUAGUGGCAAAAGAUCAACAAGAAGAGAUACUGAGAAAGAGAGAGCGAGAGCUUACAGCUUUAAAAGGAGCACUAAAGGAAGAAGUGUCUAGCCAUGACAUGGAGAUGGAUAAAAUCAAAGAGCAGCAUGAUAAAGAAUUGCUGAAUCUACAGGAGAGCCUGGAGAAAGUAACAGAGAGUGCUGCUAUCCUUGAGAGUGAAAGAAAUGCUGCAGAAGAAAUGCGAAAUAGUAUAGAAAAUCAAGUCAAAGAGCUGACUGAGGAAAAUGAACAGUUGAAGAGAGCAGUUGAUGAGCUAGAGAGAAAAAAUAAAGAGUUGUACAACCAAAUCAAUAAUAUGAAAGGAGAAGAAGAUGCAGCAAGGGAAAAAAUAAAGAAAUAUGAGGAAGAGAAGCAACAAUUAGAAGAAGCUUUGAAACGUGCUGGAAACGAGGAAAAAGAGUUGAUGGUGUUAAAAAAGUCUUUGGAAAGCCAACUAGAAGAUAUGCAGGAGAACAUCAGUUGUAUUUCACAGGAACGACAACAGUUAACUGAGCAGUUAGUAGAUGAAACUUAUGAGAAGGAACAGCUGAAAAAGAUAAAGAAUGAAAUGGAAACUGAACGAUGGCAACUAAAGAAGACCAUUGAAAAGUUACAAGAGGAGAUGGCUGAAAUGGUAGAGAACUCAAGAACAUCAGCUCUGGAGUUUCAGAACCAGCUUGAUGACUACAAGGAGAAAAAUCGUAGGGAGCUUGCAGAACUGCAGAGACAAUUAAAAGAAAAAAACCUUGAGGUAGAAAAAUCACGCCUGACAACCAUGAAAAUGCAGGAUGAGAUGCGUCUUAUGGAAGAAAACUUGAGGGACCACCAGAGAGCUCAGGAUGAGGCAAUUACAAAAACUCAGCUGCUAGAACAGACUGUUAGAGGCUUGGAAUAUGAACUGGAGGCCAAAAACCACUUGAAAGAUGAUCGGGCAAGACAAAUCAAAUUGAUGGAGGACAAGUUAUCUCACCUGGUACUUGAGCUUGAUGAAGAAAAGACUAAUUCGGAUUUGUUGUCUGAGAGGAUCAGUAGAUGCAGAGAACAGAUUGAACAAAUGAGAACUGAGCUACUUCAGGAAAGAGCUACAAAGCAAGACUUGGAGUGUGACAAAAUUUCAUUGGAAAGACAGAACAAGGACCUGAAGAGUCGAAUCCUUCACCUGGAAGGUUCUUACCGAUCCAGUAAGGAGGGACUUGUUGCACAAAUGGAAGCAAGGAUCACCGAGCUAGAAGAACGACUCGAAAAUGAAGAGAGGGAUAGAGCUAAUUUCCAACUAAGUAACCGCAGACUUGAGAGAAAAGUGAAGGAGUUAAUGUUGCAAGUAGAUGAUGAACAUCUCUCAUUGACUGAUCAAAAGGACCAGUUGAGUUUGCGUUUGAAAGCAAUGAAGCGUCAAGUUGAAGAAGCUGAAGAAGAAAUAGACAGACUGGAAAGUGCCAAAAAGAAACUCCAGAGAGAACUGGAAGAGCAGCUGGACAUGAAUGAACAAUUGCAAGGACAGCUUAACGCUGUGAAAAAGGAAUUAAGACGGAAGAAGUCACCAAGUAAAGUGUUGACUGAUUUUGAUGAUGAUGAUGAUGAUGACGACGACGACGAUUUCAGCACGGAUGGAGAUAGUCUUUGUGAAGCACCUUCAGGAAAUACCUUGUCAAAAGAUGAUGACACAAAAAUCUAACUAAGUAUUGAAUCUGUGAUUCUUUGAAAGUACUGGAAGACUAACCUAAAUUACCAAGACUGGAUAUUCUAGACGUCAAAUGACAUAAAGGGAUUUAAGAGCUGAGAAUAUAACAUUUCCAUCCAUACUGUGCCAUUUCCUUAUUUAGAUCUUCUUUGUUUAUUAUAGAAAACAGGAUUGCAUAAUGAAACAUGGAGUGAGAGAGAUAUAUAUAAAAAUAAAUAUGUAUAUUCCUGCUACUGAAAACAUAGGGAUACUGUUUCACAUUGGUAAUAUGAUUUUGCUAAAAUUCUGUUUAAGUAAAGAGCCAUUUGAAAGUAAUUCAAAACCAGUUUGUAGUUAUUAAAAGGUUUUCUCUAAAAUUAAGGAAGCCACAAAGGAUUUUUUAAUAAUUGUAAGUAGGGGGAAAUGAUGUAUAGAAUGUAAAUAUUUUUAAACUAAUCAUCUUAUUGACUACUUUAGAAGAAGUUUGUAAAAUUUCAAAUGUUAUAUAAAUCAGUUCCAUAUGUAAAGUACAUAAAUUUAUACUGAAUGUUAUAUUUGAGUUCUAACUAAGGAAAAAAACAAAACUAAUACAUUAUGAGUAUUAGGGAGCAGAUUCACAGUUCCUGAGCCAGGAAGUAUGUUCCAAUUUUAAAAUCAGUGCAAGUUUUAUUGUAUGUAUUCUAUAUAUUAGGGAUCAAAUACUAGCGUGCAGAAUUAGAUCUCCAGGUUCAGAUACUGUCUGUUGACGUUAAAGGGACAAUUAUGUGUGCAUGAUGAGUGAGGCUUGCCUAUAACUUUAUUGUAACCUUUUGUUUCUGAAGCUCUCUCUUCUCAGUAGGGUAACGUGAGAAUGAGGUGAGUUAUUACUUGGCAUCUUUCAUUUCCCAAAGUGGGCUCUGUACUGCCAGGUGCAGAACGCUGUAGGCCUGCUCAGUUGAGAGCACCAGGACAGGCUUAUCUUAAAGCCUCUAAGGAGUCCCAGCCAUUCCAGUAAAAUUACAUGUGUCAUUCAAAUUAAGUACAUGCCUAACUCUUUUGAUUAAUUGAUCCUGGAAUGUUAUCCACUUGGCAAGAAAUUGCACCAAUUUCAGGGAAUACAAAGCCAGUAAUCUGAUUUUUUUUUUUUUUUUUCCUAACUUGUUCUUCAGCAUCUGUUUGUGAGAUCUUGCAGUGUAUGGUCAUGUAUGCAGACAUAUAUUAGUGUUUCAGUUUAUAGCCGUUAUCUGCAUUUUGGGAGAUCCAUCCUGUGAACAAAUAUUGAGGGAAAAUAAAAAAAGAGCAUUUGCAGGUUUUGUUUUAAAUGCGCUUCCAUUUUAUUGCAAAGAAUUUUUUUGUGCCAUUUAUAUUACACAGACAGUUUUGCAAGUCUAGAAUCUUAAGGAAAGUGCACUACUACAUAAUUUUGGUAGUAAGUCAUAGCUAAGUCCUAUCUGAUUAUUAGUAUUUGUUCCGAGUUACACUUAAGUGAGUACUUCUCUGCUGAAUGAACCAAAUAAUAGUUUAAAAAUUAAAAAUACUUCAACAUGGAGUUGCUAGGAGCUUCCAUUAUUCCCACAAAAGCAUCUACUCAAGGAUAAAUUUAGCAGCUCUGAAAGUGAGGCUGAGAUACUUGGGUAAGACCCAAGUGCUGACAAUGGCAGUGUCCAUUCUCAUAUGAUUAUAAGUGAAACUGCUGCCUGCAGGAUCAGAAAUCUAUUUGGACAUAGUAGAUUACAGACUCUCUUGCCGUAUAAUUCCCUUCAACUUGAUUUUGAUGAUUUGAAAUAUAUGGGAAAUAGUAAGAACUGCAUAGUUGUAAUAACCUGUCUCUGAAUUUUGUACAGUUUUUCAGGUAAUUUCAGGCAUACAGCAUGUUAUUCUUUUGUGGAGCUAGCUUUACUACUUUGGCAACCUACAACCAGCUCUUACAGAAAGAUCUGCGCUAUACUGUGCUGACAAUCAUCAUAUAACCUUCUGUGAUUGAUUUUUUGCUUCAUUUACAUGUUAUUAAGGGCUUAACUUUAAACAACUGAUGCAAUUUUAGUUCUGUUUCAGCCUUCUGUCCUAAUGUUCAUAGAUGACUAUUAUUUCAAACCACUGGGAGAAAAUCACUUAAUAUAGCAGCUACCUCCAGUUAAACUAAGCUGUUAAAGAUAAAAUCCACUCGUAAUAAAAUAUCAGUCAGCUCUUUCA